UGUCCCUCUUUCCAUUCCAGUCUCUAUUUCCUGCCUUGCUGUUCUCCCUGAGUUUCACCUUCCCUCCCUGCUGCCCACCUCUGUCUCCCGCGUGCCCCUCGCGUGCUGCCCAGGCCAACGGUAGCACUGUCUGCCCUGCUGUCUCCUCCCUCCGCUGCCUUUGUCAGCCCCACUGCCUCGCCAUGGGAAAUGAGGCCAGUUACCAUUCUGAGAUGGGCACCCACUUCGACCACGACGAGAUUAAAAGGCUGGGCAGAAGCUUCAAGAAGAUGGACUUGGACAAAUCGGGCUCCCUGAGCGUAGACGAGUUCAUGUCGCUGCCUGAGCUGCAGCAGAAUCCACUGGUGGGCCGAGUGAUCGACAUCUUUGACACAGACGGCAACGGGGAAGUGGACUUCCGCGAGUUCAUCGUGGGCACCUCCCAGUUCAGCGUCAAGGGUGACGAAGAGCAGAAGCUAAGGUUCGCCUUCAGAAUCUACGACAUGGAUAAUGAUGGCUUCAUCUCCAACGGGGAGCUCUUCCAGGUGCUUAAGAUGAUGGUGGGAAACAACCUCAAGGACUGGCAGCUGCAGCAGCUGGUGGACAAAAGCAUCUUGGUCCUGGAUAAGGAUGGUGAUGGCCGGAUAUCCUUUGAAGAGUUCCGUGAUGUGGUCAGAACCAUGGAGAUCCACAAGAAAUUGGUCGUGUUUGUAGAUCACGGUCAAGAAGACUAAAAGCUUAAAAAUAAGAGAGGUGUACAUCUGUGCCUUUCUUUCUCAAGGUUGUGUACAUGGGAGAAGACAAUUCUCACGGAGUAUUAGGAACUCCUUUCGUUUACCUGUGGCAUUCAGACUUUUUAACAAAAAGAUUGUUAACUUCCUGUUGUAACAACUAGCAAAAAUAUAUGUAUCUUUGCCUAGCAUCCUUUAAUCUCUCUCUGGGCACAAAUAACUCCAUAGCGAGAUGCACCCUGACUCUCCAUGACGCACCCAGCAAUCUGAGGGAUAGAAGUCUGAACGGGAGAUUCUGUCUCAGUGCUUCAGCC